GUGGGUUUUAAUAAAUUAAAUGCAUAAUUUUUGUGUGAAUUCGUCGCUAAGUCGAAGAUAAGUCGCUAAGAAGAAGAAAAUUUAUUUCAAAUUACACAAUGGCCGAUGAUGAGCAAGAUCCUAAAGAGUACCGAUGGGAAACAGGUUAUGAAAAGACAUGGGAAGCUAUCAAAGAGGACAAAGAUGGUCUUGUGGAAGGUUUGGUCGCAGAGUUCGCCCAGAAAGCAGCCCGCAAAGCACUGGUGCCGCGGCGCGGCCCAGUCCGGUUGGGCAUGAUGAGGCACCUCAUCGUGGCUGUAGACUGCUCAGAGGCUAUGAGCUCACAGGAUUUGAAACCAACCAGGUUCUUGUGUACAAUUAAGUUGCUGGAGAAAUUUGUUGAAGAGUUCUUUGACCAGAAUCCUUUGAGUCAAUUAAGUAUUGUAGCCAUGAAAAACAAAAGAGCCGAAAAAGUUACUCAGCUGUCUGGAAACGUUAGAAAGCAUGUAAAAGCUGUUCAAGGGUUAUCAAACAUUGCUCUUACUGGUGAGCCAUCAUUACAAAAUACAUUAGAGUUAGCAGGCCGAGUGCUCAGGCCACUGCCUGGCCACGCUUCCAGGGAGCUUCUUGUUUUAUUUGCAUCACUCACUACAUGUGAUCCUAGUGACAUCACCACUACUAUACAGACUCUCAAAACAGAUGGAAUUAGAUGUUCAGUUAUUGGACUGGCGGCAGAAGUAAGGAUUUGCAAGAAAUUAUGCCAGGACACUGGUGGGGAAUAUGGGGUGGUGCUAGAUGACGUUCACUACCGCUCGCUGUUGUUAGAGCACACAGCGCCGCCGCCGCGAGCGCGCGCCCUCGACGCGGGCCUGGUGAAGAUGGGCUUCCCGCACAGCGCGCCGCCCGCCGUGCAGCCCGACGCCGCCGCCGGCGCCGACCCCGCCAUCACUGUGUGCAUGUGCCACUUGGAGGAAGGCGAGAGCGUGGGCGGCGAGGGCCACUUCUGCCCGCAGUGCCGCAGCAAGUACUGCUCGCUGCCGGCGCAGUGCCGCACCUGCGGGCUCACGCUGGCCUCCGCGCCGCACCUGGCCAGAUCCUAUCAUCACUUAUUCCCAGUGGAGCCAUAUGAGGAAUUGCCCAAUGAAGGACAAGCGCAAUAUUGUUUCGGUUGUCUGAGACAAUUCACCGAUCAAGAUAAACAGGUGUACCGCUGCAAGCGCUGCCUGGAGUGCUACUGCUGGGACUGCGAGGGCUUCGUGGGCGCCACGCUGCACGUGUGCCCCGGCUGCGCCGCGCGUCCGCAUCUCUACCAGCGUCUGCCCGAUACCGCCUGACGAGAUAUACUGUGCUUUUGACAAUAUUACUGGCAGAACAAAGUUAACGGCGUAGCGUGCCUUAGGCCAGUGCCCCCAAUGCGCUAAAUAUUUUCAACUACAACGCGACUAUACGACGAACGAAAAUCACAAAUUCGUAUCGCGGUGUCGCUUUGACAGCUAUUUCAAACGAAACAAAACGCAACUGCUUCUUUGUGUAAAAGCUGAAAGAAAGCUACUUUUUUUACUAACACUGAUCUGUAUGUGGUCGAAAUAAAUUAUUAUUAUUUUCUCAAACGCAAGUCAAACGUCUUCACGAACAUUGCUGUGUUUUAAUGAAAAAAUAAGGUGUUCGGACUUUUAACGGAAAGUGAUUAAAUCCGUUGUUUCGUCUUUGUUUGCGCGUGAACUUUACCGCGAUACCGAAUUUGCACCUCAGCUGGAAUGAAAAACGUGCAACUGGAGAAGAAGCGCCAAUGAAUUGGAGACGUUAAAAAUUAGCGCAAUCGGGGCACAUGUUCAGAUGAUGAGCUUUUUUCCUACAAAUGUCUAUAGAUUAUAUGUGCAUAGACUCUAGACGGGCUCUUUAUCAGAAAAUUUUGGGGGCCCCAAAAAUGAGGGUUUAAAGAUUAAAAGAUUAUCAGUGGCCCUUUUCACCUAUCUAAAUGGAACUUUUCAACUAUUGGUAUGACCUGGUAAUGGGGACUCCUGUAGCCCGGGGCCCUGUAUCAAUACAACGGUAACCACGCCUCUGCCUUAAAAGUAAGG